GAAGUCGUUAGAUAUACACAUGGGACAUGGCCAUAUCCUUGCCGGAUAAGAUAAUGCAGUUUAUGACGGUUAAAUGCGAAAGUCGUAAGCCGUGAGAGAAGAGAGAGAAAUUAGCGUUGGGGCUGUGGGCUCUGUAAAUGGUGGCCAUGGAGAUUACGAGGACUCUCCUCCCGUCCUCCUCCUUCUCUAACCUCCGCCGCGCUCCUCCGUUAUUCCAUUUUCACGUCUCGCCGUCGAGUUCGUUAUGCCCAGAUGUCCUUCACUCUCAGAUCUCACUCCCCAUUACCUCUCGCUCUCACUUCCGUAAACCUCUCGCCGUCUCCGAUGGCAGCGCUUCCGCAACCAAGGUUGCUGUAGAUGAUCCCUCUCUUGAAGUGAAGAAGAAGGCAAUGGACGUGUCACCUGAACUCAAAGGAACUACUAUAUUCCUUGUCGGAAUGAAGAGCUCCAUAAAGACCAGUUUGGGGAAAUUCCUUGCCAAUGUGUUACGAUACUAUUACUUCGACAGUGAUAGCUUGGUUGAGGAAGCUGCUGGCACUCUAUCUGCCGCCAAAUCUUUACGGGAGGUUGACAAGAGCGGUUUCCAAGAGUCUGAGACUGAAGUGUUGAAGCAAUUAUCAUCCAUGGGUCGGUUAGUGGUCUGUGCUGGAGAUGGUGCAACUCAGAGUUCAACAAAUCUUGCUCUUUUAAGACAUGGGAUCACAAUAUGGAUUGACGUGCCUUUAGACAUUGUGGCCAGGGGUAUGGUCGAAGAUCAAACUCAGCUCUCUGCAUACGAUCUAUCUACUUCGGUAUCUUAUCCAGAGGUUUUGACUCGCUUAAGUACUGCAUAUGAAGAGAUGAGAGGUGGAUAUGCAAUAGCUGAUGCAACCGUAUCUGUUCAGCAAGUAGCUGGUAAGUUAGGUUAUGAUGAAAUUGAUGAUGUGACCACCGAAGACAUGGUUCUGGAGGUUCUCAAGGAGGUAGAGAAACUGACUAGAGUGAAGAAGAUGAUGGAAGCAGCAGCAAGACCCUUUUAACAUCCUACCACUCCAUAAGGUGGCAGGCAGUUUCAUCAUAUGAGUAACUAGAUUGAGAUUGUGGUCUCUGAUGGAUGACAUUGUUGUUGAAAUCGAAAACGCUAUCUGUGCCAGUAUCUUUGUCCAUUUUAUGUGUUGCUUUAGUAUUAGACUCAUCUAAAUUCUACAGGGUUAGAGUGGGCUUAACAAAGUGUAGGCCCUAAACCUAAACGAUGGGCGGCCCAUUUGGGAAUAAGGUGGGUGGUGCAUAAAAAGGAGCAAAAGGAGUUCAACUGCGGCACACAAAAGGAAGAGGAACAGCUUUGCUGCUGUGACUAUAUGACUAUUUUGAGGACUAUUAGCCUGCAACUUAUAAAUCAAUACAAAUAACAAAGAAGGAGACACCAUCUGAUCUGAGCAUCGACGGCGACGACGUCUCACAAGUCGAAACCCAGAAGCUUUUCUUGUAAUAAUUUAUGUUCCUCCUACCAUGAAUUUACAAGUGUUCCUUCGCUUUGUUGCCACGGUAAGUGGCUCCAAGCCUCCUACUGCCACGUUCCUUAUUUUUCUGUGCCACAUGAUGCUAGAGAUGAAACAGUCGGCUAUUUAGGUGUGUAUCCAAUCGAUGGUGUUGGCAUUUUCCAUAUGGUUGUUUGGAAAUUUUCAAUGACGAUAAACCAUUUAGAAUGUUUUGGACUUUUGCCCCAAGUAUCUAACAGUAUUUAUAUCUUUGAGACUGACUUUACUUGACGCUUUUGAUUAUGUAUAAGAGAUUGUAUAUUCAGAUAGUCGUUUUCAUCGCCACACACACUUCAAACCCUAGUGAAUAAAUUGAUCACAUAGCUAGUAGAGGACGUAAUCUCUCUUAAACUAUGGAGGGGUUUCUUUUCUAUGAUAUAAACAUGCAACGGAUUAUGCGGGUUAAUUUCUUGCAUCUACGGAUGUUACUUGAAACUACUUUCCUAGAGACCCCCGUUGUUUUACC